AUGGAAAAGAUAUCAGCAGAAUCCUGUUUUGCUUCUGAUAUGUUGGUCAAUAAUUAUGACAGUGGUCAAACUGAGGCUAUAGAAUCUAAGUGUGAUACCAGGGUGAAUUCCAAUCUUGGGAACCAUGAUUGUUUAAAUCCUAUGAAUGACAUCCUUGAUACCAUAGAAGUCAAGAAACAUGGGAGAAAAGAGAGAAGGCACAAGGAAGCCCAGGAUGUGCUUGCAACUGCAACUACUGCUGCUGCAGCUUCUUCCAGGCUUUCAUCUUUCAGGAAAGAUACACUUGAAGAAUCCGCUCACUAA